AAACCGGCUGACAGGAUAUAAAUUAGAAAAACCAAACUUAUAGCUAAAUCUGCGAAGGACUCGUCAUGGAGGAACGUGCGGUGCUGGCCAACAUUGCGUCCAUUAUCACAAAGGAUCUGCUAAUUGACCAGCCGCCAGAGGACAUCAUUUCCGGCACUUAUCCCCUGUUGUCCUUCGGCGAGGACGACGAUGAGGCCGAGAUCUUCGCCCUGAUGCAGCGGAAACGGGCAAUGGUCGCCAGCCGAAAGCGCAGGAUGCUGCAGGAGCCGGAGGACCAGAAGCAGGACCUCAAGCAGCCCAAGCUGGAGUGGCUCCACUCCGAACUCAACCUCCUGCACCGCUACACGGAUGCCCAGUUCGAGUCCUACCUCCACAUGCGCAAGCUCACUUUCCUGAAAAUCCAGCAAACCCUGGAGGAAAUCCUUAGCGGAAUCCCUUUGCCCGGCUAUCCCACUCCGCCGGCGCAGACCAUGUUGUCCCUGGCCCUGUGGAAGCUCGCCACCGACGAGCACUUCGAGGAGAUCGCCCGGAAGUUCGGGCUGCCCUGGGCCCUCUGCCAGCAGGUGGUGCGGGGCUUCUGGCACUGCAUCUCCGACAACUACGAGAGCUUCAUCAAGUGGCCCAACUCGCUGGCGGCCCAGCGGAGCACCCUGCAGGGCUACCAGGGGCUGGAGGAGCUGCGCUGCUUCCGGGAGCUGUUCGGCAUCAUAACGCUGCGGCGGCUGGACGUCUUCCUGGAGUCGGAGCACGCCGAGGUGCCGGUGGUGCUGCAGUUGAUCUGCAAUGCGGAGCGCAAGAUCGUCGACUGCUACGUGGAGCUGGCGCAGGAAUACAGCUUCGAGGACUCGCCCAUCGGCCAGACGCUGGCUCUGAAUCCCAGGACCAUGCCGGCGGGCAGCUAUCUCAUCGGCAGCGAGGUGUUCCCGCUGAAAUCCUACCUGAUGCGGCCCAUCGAGGCCGAGUGCUUCCGCAAGGACGCGGUGUUCAACGAGCUGCUGCGACCCGCCUUCCAACUGGCCGAGAAGGUCCUGGAUACCUUGGCCCGGCGCUUCAAUACCCUGUACGCCCUGGAGGCGCGCGACCUGAACGAGGUGCGGCUCAUCGUGGAGAGCAUUUGUGCGAUGCACAACCUGUGCGAGGAGUUCCAGGACGAGGGACUGGAGGACACCGGGCAGGGCUCCUUCAGCUGGGGCGGGCUGGCCGAGGGGGUGAGGGGCAGCGAGAAGGACUCCAAGGGACUGCAGCGGAGAUUCGAGCUCCUCGACGAACUGGUGGCCAUCGAGCCGGGCGAAUAA